AUGGGUGCUGGAUUCGGCCUCGCCGGGUGCUGGGGAGGGAGGUGGUGUUCGUAACGUGUUGCUCUUUUUGUAGUUUCCCACGUGUAAAUUCCCGAUUCCCUUUUAAUUCUCAUCAGCUGCAGCCGUCCGGAUAGAAAACUGUUGGGUUCUUCUGCGGACGGCCGAGCAGAGCUGUUCGUCUUCCCCCCUUCUUUAGCUUCUAUCAUCAUUUCUUCCCCUGCCUUCUCAAAGUUCGAGCUCUCUUUUAAAGCAAAGAUCGGGCGCAACAUUUCUUUGUUCUCACCUCCACUUCUCCUCACCGUCUGUAGGGAGUUUCGUCCAUUCUCGGUUCCGACCCUUCACGGUUAGCGUCGUUUCUUUGUUUCUGCGUUGGGCUGAAACCCCUUUAAUCCGCACCAUCCAGCGGGAAACGAAUCGGGGACUGCAGAAACACCGCAUGGAAAUCCAGCUUGGAGCAAAGCUGGGAAAUUCUGGAACAAAUCCCCCCCAAAUAACCUUUACCUCUCUUGAUGCCCACCCAGCCAAACCCACUGUUAACAACCACCCGCCCCACGCUUUUCCAUCUGCGUGGCUCUUCCAUUCGCAUCGCUGUCCUCUCUUCUAUUUCAGUUUCUUUUCUCCCCUCUCCGCCGACUCUCAGAGCCCGCUGUGGGGACGGAAGCUUGCUAGGUUUGGAAUUAAAAGGUCAUUUCGAGAGGAUUGCCAAGUCUACGUGCUGGGGGGACUCAGCCUUUUAUGCCGCCAUGUGUUGUCUCCGUCCGCUGCCAUAGGAAAGCAGUUGUGCCGUAAUGAGGACGAAUCCGGACGGUCGCACACCGUGAUUUGGGAACGGCGAGCCCUUAGGGGUGGUGGAAGAGUGGUGAAGCAAAGCAUCCAGGCCAGUCCUGAUGGGGAGGGCAGGGCCGAGGGGCUCCGACUGCCCUCCACUUCGUGUUUUCUUGCCCCGAGGGGAAAUUUUCCCUCGGGAUUCCGCUUCCCUUUUUCUCCAGGGUCGCGUUUGAUGCCACUUUCACAUCUAAACAGGACUCGGGAUCCCUUCUGCCCCUCGGCACACCUCGCUGCCCUCACCUUCGGGUCCUCACGCUCAACCCGAGCAUUCCCAGCCUGAAAUUCCCGACGUUACAAAGCCUUUUGCUUAGAUCGUGUCCGAGGGCAUCCCCUGGGGAGCCGGCUGCAGGGAAACGACUUUGAUCGUCGCUUUCUUUAAGGCAAAAUGUCUCAUUUUUAUUCGCAAACGUCUUUUCUCUCUUUCCUUUUCCCUUCUUUCACUUAAAAUAAUAAUAAUAAUAAUAAUGAUGAAAGGAAAGUGGAGGGGACAAGAAAAAAAAAAAAAAGAGAGAGAGAGAAAAAGCUCGGUUAAAAUGCUUGGCGAAGGAAACAAAGGCCGCACAGC